GGAAUAAGGUCUUGAAAUGGUUUUGUUUUAUCUGCCUGAAUGUGAGGAAGUGUAUGGGUUAAUUGGUAAAAUCACUGCCACAUAUGCUGCAGUGACUUACAGCCUGAAAUAUGCCAUUUGGUAAGAUUUUAUGUUCUCAUUAAGCCUUCUCCUACCCUCCAUCUCAAUUUAUAAGUUCUGUGUUUUUUAUUCCUUCUUCCCUCGUGCUCCCUAAACUGACCUCAUAAGACACUCCAUUAUUAAAUAUAACAGUUCAAGGAGCUCCACCACAUUCUGAAAGCAGAGAGGGAUGGGAAAUUAAUAUCAUAGUCCAAGGUUGCAUUUUAAGAUGGCUAUUGCAACAGGAGUCCAGUACUUUAUAUUUGCAUGUGUUUGCCCUCAGGAGGGUGACCACCGAUGGAACUGUACGGUGGCAAAGGCUCUACAUGUGUUGUACUCCCUGUUUGGACCUUUCAUAAAGACUUACGGAAUUGGCAGAUGUGCAAAGAUGACCUACGAGCUGUGGAAGGAGAUGGUGGAGGAUUCAGAGAAUGAAAUUAAACCACAUCAGGCUGAGAUUGGUCGAGUUUUCUUUCUUGACAGAGAUGUGGAUUAUGUGACUCCUAUGUGUUCUCAAGUUGUGUAUGAGGGACUUGUGGAUGAUGUGUUCAGAAUAAAAUGCGGAAGUGUGGACUUUGGCUCAGAAGUAACUUCGUCGAAUAGAAGUGUGAAAGUGUUGCUGAACUCUCAGGAUAAGGUUUUCAAAGAGAUUCGAAAUGAGCAUUUCUCCAAUGUAUUCGGUUUCUUAAGUCAAAAAGCAAGAAGGCUUCAGACACAGUAUGAUAAACGCCAAGGGAUGGACAUCAAACAGAUGAAGGAUUUUGUAUCUCAGGAAUUAAAGAGCUUAAAGCAGGAACAUCGACUACUGAGUCUUCGUAAGUACCUGAGAGACUUGCCUGGAAUUACAUGCAAAGCACAUUGCCGCAGGUGA